AUGCCCACUGGCAAAAAGUCAUGGACUUUAGAGCUUGUCAAAAAUGGCAAGCGCACACGCAAAAAACUGGGCACUUACCCUACGCUAUCUUUGAAAGACGCAAGGGAAUUAGCCAAUAAAGAGCGCAAACAAGCGAUUAUGGGCGUGCGUGAUAUCACGCUUGGUGAAGUGAUUGAUGAAUGGAUUGAGCUUUAUAGCAAGGCUUGGACGAGCGAGAAGUACCGCUAUACAGUGCUAUAUCGCAUUGGUUUGGUGACUGACACUUUACGCCACCGUAUGAUAUACGAUAUCACACGCAAAGAUAUUGCUGACCAAAUCGCGCCUAUUGUUGCUGAACAGAAAAAAGUGACGGCUGACCGCGCCCUACGAAAUAUCAAAGCGAUUUUUGACUAUGCGAUUGUGCGAGAUUAUAUCCAAGCUAACCCCUGUCAUCUUGUUGAAAAGAUGAUACCUGAGCAUACCGUCACAAAUAUGGCUUGUCUGCCGUUUGAGCAAAUGCCAAAGUUUUGGGCAACCAUCAAUCAAACAGAAAUCACCAACGAAGUGCGUAUUGCUUUAGCCUUAUACAAUUACUUGGCAGUACGACCAAACGAAUUAGCAAACGCGAAAUGGGCAGAGAUAGAUUUAGAAAAAGGAAUAUGGCUAAUACCAGCGCAUAGAAUGAAAAUGCGUAAAGAACACAUGAUACCGCUCGCCAGUCAACCGCUUGAGCUUUUUAAAUGGCUGUAUGAACACAGAAAAAGCGAUGAGUAUGUUUUUAUCAAUCGCACCAACCUAGCCAAGCCCAUGCCAGUAGAGACACCUUUAGCUGCGAUUAAACGUGCAGGAUUUGCGGGCAAGAUGACCACACACGGAUUUAGGGCGUUAUUUAGCACGCACGCCAACAACUCAAAACUAUGGGAUAGUGACGUAAUCGAGCGAUGCCUUGCCCAUGUUGAGAAAAACAAAGGACGCGCGGCAUAUAACCGCGCUGAGUAUUGGGAACAUAGAGUCAAGUUAAUGCAGUGGUGGGCUGAUAUUGUGAGUGAGUGGAUAGGUUAA